AUGGAUCAACUUCCGUGGAUAAAUAAGUGUUUUCCUCUCUCUAUCUACCUUUCUUUUUUCUUCUCUUGCGCACUCUCUCUCUCAAUCUCUUUAUCUGUCUCUGUUUCUCACCUUCUCUGUUUCCCUCUCUAUCUCUCUAUACCACUCUGUUUUCUUGCCUUCGCUUUCUACUUUAGUGCUUUUUCUCUGAACCCCACACCUCACCUCCUACUGUUUAUUUCUCUCGAAACUUCUCUUUCCUUUCUAUAUCUUGCUAUACCAUUCUUUUUACUCUCUCUAUCCUUCUCUUUCUACUUUCGCUUUUCCCCUCCUCCUCUCCUCUUCUGUUUAUUUCUCUUGAGACUUCUCUCUCCCUCCACUCCUCCUUUGUUUAUUCCUCUUGAGACUUUUCUCCUCCUCCUUUCACUUCUCUCUCCCUCCUCUCCUCCUUUGUUUAUUCCUUUUGAGACUUUUCUCCUCCUCCUCUCCUUUUCUGUUUAUUCCUCUUCAGACUUUUCUCCUCCUCCUCUCCCCUUCUACUUCUCUCCUCCUCCUCCCCCUCUUUGUUUAUUUUUCGUGAGACUUCUCUCCUCCUCCUCUCCUCUUCUGUUUAUUUCUCUUGAGACUUCUCUCCUCCUCCUCCUCCUCCUCCUCCUCUCCUAUUCUACUUCUCUCCUCCUCCUCCCCCUCUUUGUUUAUUUUUCACUUCUCUCUCCCCCACCUCUUCCUCUGUUAAUUUCUCUUGAGGCUUCUCCACUCCUCCUUUGUUUAUUUCUCUUGAGACAUCUCUCCUCCUCCUCUCCUCUUCUGUUUAUUUCUCUUGAGACUUCUCUCUCCCUCCACUCCUCCUUUGUUUAUUUCUCGCUUCUCUCCUCCUCCUCUCCUCUUCUGUUUAUUUCUCUUGAGACUUCUCUCUCCCUCCUCCUCUAUUUCUCUCAAGACUUCUCUUUCCUCUCUCUAUCUCGCUAUACCAUUCUAUUUCUCUCUUCUUUGCUUUCUUCUUUAGUUCUCUUUCUCUCCACUCCCCCUCCUCCUCUAUUUUUUCUCUCUUACCUUCUCUCCCUCUCUUAG